AUGGAAAAUCAUUUUAAAGCCAAAGAUCCAAGAACAACUAAAAAGUCAAAGGGUUUCUUCAAUGACGCCAAUGCAAUUCUAAAAGUUAAAGGGGACAACGAUAGCGAAGGCGAUGUAAACGAUUUAAAAGAAAAUUUAUUUCCGUUAAAGGAUGACAACACCUUAAAUGUAAAUGACGAUGACGAUGGCAAUACUUCGGAUGGAGAUGAUGAUAAUAGUGAUGCUGCUGCCGCUCAAGAUAAAAAUGGUAUUGCUAACAGCAACGGAAACGGAAAUGAAAAUUUAAAUUAUGCUGACAAUAACGAACUAAAUACUAAUUACCUGAUGGCUCAAAGUACUGACAAUGACCAUAAUAGGGAUACUGAUGACAAGUCACAACAACAACAACAGCUACAACAAUAUUCCCAUUUCCAUAAAAGGCCGCUGACAAGGAAGAACAUCAAUAAGCCAUAUGAUAAACGUGCUAAACCAUCAGUUGGACAUACACCAUUUUUGCCAGCUGUUAGUGGAGGUGCCAUGACAAAUUUGGGUAAAUUUUUUCGCGAUCUCUCCAAAAAUGUCCACGUCAGCGAACAAUAUCAAUGGGAUGCCGAUGAGCAGAAACUACUCGAGGGUGAUCCGAAUUUUGGCAAUAUAAAACAUCAUCUUACCAAACCAAAUGCUGCAACAGAUCAACAAACUGCAGAAUGGAUUAAGGCCAUACGUUUCUAUAGACCAUCACAGAAGAUACGUUCAUUGGUGGCCAUGAAUCCACAUGGUCAAUGGGAUCAUAGCUCACAGUUUAUAGAUCCCAACUACAUGUGGGUGGGUUUGGGUAAAUAACAGAUUACAACUGAUGACACAAACAUAAUGAA